AUGAAUGUUAAAAACGAGACUAACAUGCAACAAAAUAUACAAUUUCUUCCUGACAUUAUGUUAUCACCAUUAUCAUUAUCCGAAGAUUUAUUUCCACCAUUGGUCGCUCCAAAGCCUCAAAAAAUUUCCCCAAUAGUAUCAAAAGACAUUGCUGGUAAUGCAUCUCCUACAUAUGGAAAUCAUAUAACUUCUCAAAAUGCACAGCAGGCAUUUUCACCUAUUCAUGAUUAUCCAAUAAAAUACAAUCAGCAAAAUCGCUAUUUUUACGAAAACUAUUCUAAUAAUAGUAGCCAAACUUCUUUAGGAACUCCUACACCAGGACAAUAUAUCCAUGGGCAACAAUCUCCUGAGUUUAUUAUUGGAUCAGACGGUAAUCCAACACCACCAUCCCUGUUGAAAACAGGGCACUUAUAUGGAAAUCGUACUUCUACACCUGAACUUCGCCUUUCUAUGAGUAGUACUGGUUCAAGAUCACCUGUUAUAAGGUUAUUAAUAGAUGAAAAAAAAGAAAAACGUCGAUCAAUGACCUCAUUAACAUUAAAAAAUGAUGAAACUGCUCUUCAGAAAUACGCCGAAGCUGCCAAAAAACUUAAUGAUCCCAACAUACAAAUAGAUUAUGCAAAAUUUCUUAUUAAUAUGGAGGAGAACCAUACAAAGUCCAAUGAAACUAAUGGCUCAGAAUCUGUUGAAGAAGACCCUACAACCAAUAAAUUUCGUGAAGAAAUUAAAUAUUGGAUUAAUUUACUUGUUAAAAACAAUCAUCCCGAAGCUUUGUAUAUUAAAGGCACUUGGUACGAACAUGGAAAGUAUGGUAAGAAAGUUAAGCCAGAUAAAGCCUACAAGUUAUAUUUAUCAUCAACAAAGUGUGAUUUUUCAAAGGCAGCAUACAAAGUUGCUCAACACUGUGAAAGAAAUCGAGAUGUCAAAAGAGCAAUUCAAUUUUACAAAAAAAGCGCAGCACAAGGAAAUUCCUUUAAUGAAUAUGAUUUAAAAUGUCUAGUAUGA